AUGGCGGCUGCAUGGGGGAAAGCUCAACGCUUCCUCCUUAGCGAUGAGGAAAUGGGCAAGAAAGACGACGACCACAAGCGCUCGGCGGCCCCCGCAGCCUUGCCGGGCUGGCACCCGAAGCGAGGACCUCAACGGAGGCACCUGAAGCGCGCCAUCAUCUCGCUCUUGGUCGUCGUCGCGCUCUACCUCUUUGUCCACAACAUCCCGACCGACCUCGGCCCCAUACGGUCGAGCCGGCCACACUACGGCGAAGCGACCGCUCCUACAACAAAGAACCACGCCGAUGCGCACCCGCCGCCCGCCGCCGCCGCUGCAGCAGCUGGCGUCGCAAGCAACGGCGCAGGGGCCGCCAACAAUGAACCGCCCAAGUUCUAUAACCUGGCUGCCUCUCUGCAUGCCAUUGCCGGCACGCACGGCGGCCUGCUGGUCAACAAGAAUAUCCUCUUUGCGGCCUCGAGCCUCAAGAGCGCGGCAAAUUUGCUUCCUGUCGCAUGCCAGAUGGGCCGAGAGGCGAGGAAUUAUGUACACUUUGCCCUAAUGAGCCGCAGCGAUAUCGACAUGGAGGAGCUUCAGAGGAUCAAUGGCAUCGACGAAAGCUGCCAGAUUAUAUUUCAUGACGCACGAGCAGACAGGGCAGCUUUCAUGUCCGAACAACGAUUGGAGUAUGCAGUGUUCCGUGCCUUUCACCACAUCUUCAUGUGGAUGCACCCGCAAGCAAUCAUUGUCGAUGGAUCAGGCUGGGAAGAGUAUUUCUUUACUAGGGGCACGUCUACGCAUGCAAAAGCGACUGGAGUUACUCUUAUUGAUCUCCCAUAUUCUCCCCAGAAUCUCAUGUGGAUGACCAGGCUUGAUAGUCGGUCGUUGCGAGCAUGGAAUCAAAAUCAUAUAGACAUUCUCAUCCAGACCACUCCAGGCACGACUGGUAGCUUGGUCAGGUUGCUCAGAUCUCUAAGCGCAGCAGAUUUUACUUCCAGCUCAAUUCCACACUUGACUAUUGAGCUUACGCCUGACAUUGACCCUGCCACGAAGCAAUUUUUGCAAGAUUUUCAGUGGCCACCAUCCUACAUUCCCAAUCCAACAGGCGCAAAGUACAUAUCUCUGAGACAUAGGAUACCUCGUCAAACAUUGACAGAGGAGGAAAGCUCGGCUCGUUUCCUAGAGUCAUUCUGGCCAGCAGACCCCAGAAUGUCACACGUCUUGGUCCUUACUCCCCAGGUCGAGCUUGCACCAAACUUCUUCCACUAUCUCAAAUACACGCUCUUGGAAUACAGGUAUUCUGAAGCGGCACAAAUACAACAUUGGGACGCGAGACUAUUUGGUAUUAGUCUUGAGCAGCCGCUGCAGCUACUAGACGGCAAUGCGCAAUUCACACCACCUCUGUCGCGGGAUAAGAAAUCGCAGCAAGACGUCUCAUCGUCCUUCCUCUGGCAGGCGCCAACCAGCCAUGCCAUGUUAUUCAUGGGUGAGAAGUGGAUAGAGCUCCAUGACCUCGUGUCGCGAUCGCUCGAGAUCCAGCAAAAAUCGGCGUCCACCCCAUCAUUGUUGUCCCAGAAGCUCAUCAGCACCAAAUAUCCGUCAUGGCUCGAAUAUGUUUUGCGCUUGUCAAAGUUGCGUGGGUAUUGGGUCUUGUACCCUGGAGAGGAAACCGCGAGAAGUCUGGCAACAGUACACACGGAGCUUCAGCACGCGCCGGAAGAAUAUGCGCAAACGGAACAGCCCGUCACGUUGCCGGAUAAGGCCAGUGAGGAAGAAAUUGAGAGAGCCAUGGCGAAGCUCAAGGCUGGACCAGAAGCAGUCUGGACGUCUGAAGCUUCUCUCCAAAGCCUGCUAGAUGCUGGAUCAUUACGUCCAUUCGGAAACUUACCCCUGGUCGCCUGGGAUGGCGUCAAAACGGACCUUGACGAGCUAGAUAAUUCUGCUGCGAAAUAUGCUCUUGAAUUCAAGACGCAAGUAGGGAGAUGCACCGCCGAGGUGGCAGCGAAAACGCGUGUCGACAUGACAACGCAGGAUCUGUUCUGUCUCGACGAUUAG